AGUCCCGGAGGCAGGUUUUGCUGGAGAAGCCGCAGUCCUGGCUGCUCCGGCGCCGUGCGGGAGGACUGUGGAGUGCAGAGCGCUGACCCGCGCCGGCAUGUCCCCUCGCGUGGGAGCUUCCGUCGGCCUCCAAGCCCAGGCGGCUACUAACUUGGCGGCGGGCUCCGGCGGCCCGGCCGCGGCCAUGUAGUAGCCAGCGGGGCUCCCCGCAGCCCGGGAGCGGCAGCGAGAGCGAGCCGGCGCCCAGCAGCCCGCGGCUUCCCUGGGAGGCGCUAAGUGCCCCCCCCCCCGCCCCUUGGCUCACACUUUGGGCCCGAGAGGGAAAUGGGGGAGAAAGUUUCGGAGGCGCCGGAGCCAGUGCCCCGCGGCUGCAGCGGCCACGGUGCUCGCACUCCCGUCCCUGCGGCGGCCGCCGCGUCCUCGCCGGGCGCUUCCUCAGCGGAGUCCUCCUCAGGUUCAGAAACUCUGUCGGAGGAAGGGGAGCCUGGCUUCUCUCGCGAGCAGUCGCUGCCGCCGCCGGGCGGCGCCCGGCCGCCCGCCGCGUGGGCUCCCGCGCGAGGGGUGCCCGAGCGUGGAGUCCCCGAGCCGCCGCCGCUCCCCGGAGGAACCGCGCCACCCGCGACCCGGGGCAGCAGCGCAUCCCAGGAGGAGCAGGAAGAGGAGGUGGGCCACGCCUUCCCACAUCUUGGCCCCUCUGGUCCGCCUGCCAGGCGACCCCACCUAACCAUCCCGCACGCGGGCGGUGGGCAGAGCGCAUUGGAGCGUGGAGAGGGGAAGGGACCCCAGGGCUCUGCCCCGAGCCCGGGAUAAUGACAGGAGACGCUCUGUGGGUCAUUGAUUUCCCCGUGGCUGGUGUGUGUGUGUGUGUGUGUGUGUGUGUGUGUACUUGUGUACCCCUGUGCAGCCUGAGAGCGUGCUUUUACAGUGUCAAAGCAGCAGACUCCUUAAGGUGUGGAUUUGCUAUGCUGGGUUUGAGAUUGAAUGUGAUCUGGACGCCUGAUUAGUCCCCACAACUUAAGA